ACCCGGAAGUCGACUAGUCUAUUGUUGACAGGGAAGUCUCAUGCAGCUACAAAUCUGAACACAGAUAUCGUGUUAUUUGAUUUUUUACCUAAAUAUAUAAAUCUUCCAGUGUCCAAGGAUGGGAUCUACAGACAUGAAACUCAUGGAUGUCUUUUCGUAUGAGAGUCUUGUACAUGCAGUCGCCGGUGCGAUGGGCAGUGUUACAGCAAUGACUGUUUUCUUUCCCCUUGACACCGCUCGGCUCAGGCUGCAAGUUGAUGAGAAGCGGAAAGCCAAAUCAACCCCAGCCAUUCUUUCAGAGAUCAUCAAGGAGGAGGGUCUGUUGGCUCCAUAUAGAGGUUGGUUUCCAGUGAUCUGCAGCCUCUGUUGCUCAAACUUCGUUUACUUCUACUGUUUUCAUAGUCUGAAGGCCACUUGGCUACAAGGUCAAAGAUCAACAGCAGGGCGGGACCUUAUUAUUGGCAUUGCUGCAGGUGUGGUGAAUGUCCUUGUGACCACUCCACUCUGGGUAGUCAAUACCAGACUGAAACUACAGGGGGCGAAGUUCAGAAAUGAGGACAUACAGCCCACACACUACAACGGAAUCAAGGAUGCUUUUGUGCAGAUCAUGCGUCAAGAAGGAGUAGGUGCUUUAUGGAACGGGACGUUUCCCUCCCUGUUGCUGGUGCUUAAUCCAGCCGUGCAGUUCAUGAUCUACGAGGGUCUGAAGAGGCAGAUCCUGAGGGGCGUCCACAGAGAGCUCUCCUCAGUGGAAGUGUUUCUUAUUGGAGCCGUCGCUAAGGCCGUAGCAACCACCAUAACCUACCCACAGACAGUUCAGUCUGUUCUACGGUUUGGCCAGCACGGGCAGCCUGCAGGUCAGUCCAGACUCCUGAACAGCCUGAGAUCCGUCAUGUAUCUGCUCAUCAACAGAGUCAGGAAGUGGGGCAUUCUGGGAUUGUUUAAAGGCCUGGAGGCAAAGCUGCUUCAGACAGUCCUCACCGCUGCGCUGAUGUUCUUACUGUAUGAGAAGAUCGCAAGCACCACCUUUAGGGUCAUGGGGGUCAAACGACCAAUGACCUCCCAUUGAUUUCCAACAGGGCGAUUAUUGGGAAACUGGUAUGAGUAGUAAUCAAAUCAUGUUUAGUGUUUUAUAUGUGAAAGGACUAUUCAGUGCCAGUCAGAAGUUAUAUACUGUACAAUACACGCUGACUACGUAUCAAUUUUGGUUUGUUUUGUUAAAUUAUAUGGUUAAUAUGACUGGAUAGUGAAGGAAACUCAGCCAAAAAGUGCCAAGAAAGAUGAAAUGAUCAAAAGAGCUGCUGUGCAAGUGAGAAACAUUUAGAAUUUUGAAAAGUAUGAACUCAAUUUAAAACAAAUAACAAAUGUUACUAAUUCAAGUACUGAAAUUAAUAACUGCUCCAUAAAAAGUUAACUUAACUUAAGUCCAUUAAGUUAAGGUAACUCAAACCAUUUUAAGAAACCCGAUUGCAACAAACCAUUUAAGUUUAAAAAAUGAAUCCUAUUGAGUACUGUGAACAUAAUCCAUUUGAGUAAAGGAAGCAGUUUGAGCACAGUAAAACCCAAUAAAUGAAGAGAACUCAAAUAAGUCUAAUAAGAUACCUAAUUAGUUAAGGCAACUCGAACGGUUAGAGGAAACUGAUUGCUACAAACCAUUUGAGUUAAAAACUAAUCUAUAUGAGUACUGUGAACUUACUCCAUUUAAGUUGAAGUAAUGAGCAAUUUAAUUAACUCGUUACCUUCAACACUGAGUUCAAAACUCUUUUCAAAGUAGUAGAAUUAACCUUUAGUCAAUUUUGAGUUAACUACACUCACUUGAUAAAGUUGACUGUUGGGUUUUACUGUGUAAUAAGGAAUUAUAUGAAGCAAAUCAAUGUAGAAGUAUACAGUUGAGGGCCAAAUGAUUAGCCCUCCUGUGAACAUUUUGAUUCUUUUACAAAUAUUUAUCAAAUGAUGUUUCACAGAGCAAAGGAUUUUUCCAUUUCCUAUAAUAUUCUUUUAAAAUAAUAAAACAUUUCCUAUAAUAUAAUUUUUUUCUUAUAGAGAAAAUGUUAUUUCUUUUAGUUUGACUGCAGUUUUAAAAAGCGUUAAAACUAAUUUUAAGGUCAAAAUUAUUAGCCCAGAAUAAUUUUCAGAAAUGAUCAUUUUUAUUUUCAGUUACCUAUAGACUUAUCUAAUUAACCUAAUUUAUCUAGUUGAGCCUUUAAUUUGCACUUUAAGCUCAAUAAUUAUUUUUUAAUUAAUUAGUAAAAUACCAUGUGCUGUCGUCAGGGCAAAGACAAUUUAAAUGAGUUAUUAUGAACUAGUUAUUCAAAUUAUUGUUUAGAAAUUAGUUGAAUUUUUUAGUUAAGGAGCACCUAGGAGAUAUUUUUAAGUAAUUAAAAUUUAAUAGGAGGGCUAACAGUUUUUACUUUAAGUGUGUGUGUGUGUGCGUGUGUGCGUGCGUUCGUGUCUAUUAAUAAAACAAUAUUAAUACAUAUAAAUACCAAAAUAACACUUAUUUUAUUUAUUACAAAUUGGUUACUUUAAAAAUGAACAAUAUAGAAUACUUUUGACAUUUGAAAAUGUUUUAGUUGUACAUAAUUCUAUUUUCCAUAGUAAUUUUUUACUCUUGCUCAUAAAUGAUCAUAAAAUCAUAAAAUAUCUUUCUUUUGUACUCUAGGAAAUAAUAUAGAUAAAACAAAAUAGUUUAAGAAUUCACAUGUUUGUAUCCAUUUUUAAUUUAAAAUAUUUCAAUUCUGUUUUUUGAAAUGUGGAAAAAGCAGCGACUGAGUUCAAACAUUUGACUGAUAGUGUUUCAAUACAAAUGAGUGAUUACAAAUAGGAUAUACACACACACACUUACUAAAAUCAAAUCAACUCAAUAAAUUAACACCGUUACAUUAAGAGGUCAAUAGCUUGGUCACGAUCUAGUGUAGCUUUUUAAUAAAGCGUUUGAUUAAAAAGUAUGUGCUAACAUGGUUUUAGCAGAACUAAACGUGUUUACAAAGUGUCAAAAAGAAAAUCAAUCCUGUAAAGGAUCUGCUUUUGUGCUGUCAACAAAAAAGAAACAACUUCCAGACUGGUUUAUCUGGUUGUGUGUAAGUGAUACUUGAUUUUACUUGACAAACACAAAGCCGCUGAGUCUUUAGUGGACCUUUAACCUAAAAAGUUUACAGUCUGAUCUUUAAAAUAGCUUCCUUCCAUCAUUCGUGAUUGGGACUUGUGGAAUAACCUGUUUAUGAGCAGCUUUGGCCAGAAUUAACACCUGAACUGUGAAUGUUACACAAGACACAGAGGCUUAUGGGUAUCAUUUACUGUAUAUACAUAUUUCAUUGUCCACACUGCACUAAUGUAAUGUAAGAAUCUUUUGCACGGAAUUAGCUAUUUAUGAAUGUAAAAUGUUUUUUCUUAAUUGUCAGAAUGGUUUUAUUAACACUGAAUAAUGCAAUUGUGAAUGAUGAUUCAAACUAUAAAUCAUUUUGUUAUAUUGAUCAAUUAUUGUUUAUGUUUUAUAAUCUCUCUGAGAAAUUUCUAUGCAGUAAAAUAAUUGACUGAGAUGUGAUAUAAAUGUGAUAUGAAGGGGA